AUGGUUCAAGAAGAGAAUCCAGAAGUGAGGCCUGAAGAGUAUGUGGUAACAGACUAUGAGGAUGGCGAAUAUGACGAGGAAUCAGAUGAAGGAGAAGAUAUUAAGGAAACCCCUAGUGAACCCCACCCUACGGAGACCCCACUAAACCAGCACGUAGUACAGGAGAGCACUACUGGCCCUAGGGCCAUUCGAGCAAGGAAGAGGGAAGAUGUGAUCACUCAGGAGUCGAACGAAUUGGCCGAACUUCUGGUGCGUCAGUUCGACAUUUGA